AUGGGAUUUCGGAAUGUCCCCCAAAUCCUCCUCGACUUCUCCGGGCUACAGUGGCCCCAGUUCGUGAGCAAAGCUUCAACAGAAGUUUAUCAGGAAAAUAUCACAUUGACAUCACUCUCUCAUUUUCGACCGUUUGAGGGCCCGAGUGUUCAAGAGAGAGGGAAGAAGCGUCCAUAUUCCGAUACACGAGAGCAAUCCUUCAGAAGAGACCAGGAACUUAUAUCAAAGCGACCAUAUACACAAGAUUUUCCAUCUAACAGUCCUUCCCCCAAUGUCCACAAAACUAUCAUGACAACUGAACCACCUCUCUGGAACCGGAAUGACCAGUCUCCGAACACUAGAGCCACAGCUGCCUAG